AUGUUAGACACCAUUGUUAUCGGAGCUGGAUUUAGUGGUCUCCAGGCUGCGUAUUCAGCCAAGCAGGCUGGACUUUCAGUUGCGGUUGUUGAAGCUCGCGAUCGUGUUGGAGGAAAGAUCUGGAGUGCGCCCUUGGCUUCAGGCCGCGGCUUUGCUGAGCUCGGAGGUGCUUGGAUCAAUGAUACCCUCCAACCGCGUGUUUGGUCUUAUGUCCAGCAGUUUGGACUCAAGGUUGUCAAGCAGCGUCUGGAGGGGAUUGCCAUCAUGCAAGAAAGUGAGAAUGAGCGCUUCGAGUUCCCUUUCGGAGUAACACCUGAAUUCACUCCUGAAGAAAAACGCAAUUUGGAAGCCAUCCGCGACCAUUUCCAAGCAGAAUCAUUGAAGACUGGACUUCCGUCCGCUGAAAUUGAUAAUGUGACUUUGGAUCAACACGUUCGCAGUCUCGGGGCUCUCCCUAAGAUCGCUAAAAUGGUCAACAUGUGGUCUCAAGUCAUGCACGGAUUAGAGUCAACUGAAGAGUCUGCCGCAUGGUUUAUCGACUACUGCCGACGGAACAAAGGAUUUCUCGCUAUUCGAGCAGACGACUCGACAGGUGGUCAAUACUUGAGAUUCCAAGACGGAGCACAAUCUAUCGCCCAAGAGCUAGCCAAGCUAGUGGGCACGGGGAACAUCCAUCUUGCAUCUCCAGUUGAGUCCAUUCAAGACCACGGCUCGCACGUUGUUGUCACCACUCGAAACCAACAGGUCUUUGAGGCCAAGAAGUGCAUUUUGUCCGUGCCCAGUACUAUGUACAAGGAGUUCGACAUCAGUCCCGCUUUGCCAAAAGCUGUCCAGGAAGUGACAAAUGGCACGGUGCUUGGUGAUUAUAACAAACUUAUUGUGUGUUAUGACACGCCGUGGUGGCGAAAGGAGGGUUUCAACGGCUAUUUCGCGAGUUAUGCGGGUCCCCUUACUCUCGGUCGGGAUACAAGUGUUGACGAAAAGGGUCACUAUUCAUUGACAUGCUUUGUUAAUGGCUUACCCGGGCGGCAGUGGAGCAAGCUUCCUUCCCACGAACGUCGUGCGGCUGGCCUGAAACAAUUAGCAAAGGUCUUCAAGAACAACCCAGAAGUCUUCAAGCCUAUUGAAGUAUUCGAGCAGAUUUGGCAACACGAAGAGUUUAGCCGAGGUGCCCUGGCUCCUGUGCACUCUAUCGGACACCUUACCAAGUAUGCGUCUGUCUAUGGACGGCCCGUGGGAAAUCUACACUUUGUUGGCACUGAGUAUAGCUCCGAGUGGAAAGGAUAUAUGGAGGGGGCGCUUUGCUCUGGAGAGGAUGGGGCAAAGCAGGUCAUAAAGGCCUUGCGAAAUGUUCCUGUCAAGCUGUAA